ACAGUUGACGGUGCCGUUAGAGGCUAUAAAAUAUUUUACAGCCCUUGUCGUCAGCCACCGCAAUCGAACUGGAAUCCUUUCCUCAGAGGAGGCUCAGACCCAAAAUCACUUGUCUUUCCGCAGAAGCAGCCAUCACAAGAGCAUAAGCGCGAAGGGCGGCUCUUACGAGAUGAAAAGGGAAUAAAGGGUUGUUGCUUUUAAUGGAGCCCCGUUUCAUUAUAGCCUUUGCAGAAGCGAUAUCAAGAUUCAAGAGUCAAGGUAGGUGUUUCAUUAUAGCCGUUGCAGAAACCGUACCAAUAUCGGGGGUUGAGGAAAUGCUCUCCGGUUAGCGUCUCAUCCCGUCCUAUCUCCCAUCAUCUUGGCCGGUUCUGUUGUGUGUCUUGGACUAUUUGGUUUAGGUCAAAGACUCAAAGGAGUUUUGUGAUAUUGAAAACAGGCAAUGUAGGUUAAUAUGGAGAACAAUGAAGGAGGUGUAUGUUACACUGACCAUCUGUACCACAGCUCAUUCCCAUCGGACGAAGAAGUAUCUGAUGAUGAUGGGUUAUUACAAAUUGGUGAAGAUGAGGAAGGGUUCUUUUGUGAUGGAGGAGAGAAAGGGCUUGGUCAUACAUCAGAAAUUGGUAAUGAUAAAUGUCAUUUGAUGGAUAUGGAGACAUUAGAUGGAACGAAUGUCAGUGGGUGUGGAGACUUAAAUGGCAAGGAUAACAGUAAUUUGUAUAUGGAUGAUAUGAAGGAUGUUGUGUUCAGCAGCGUAUGUGAAGCUGAAAAGUUCUAUCAUUUAUACUCUCGUGUUAUUGGAUUCAGCACAAGGAAGGACAGGAAGGUUAGAGCAUAUCGUUCUGAAUUUGUCAUAAGAAGGGAGUGGGUAUGUUCAAAACAGGGCGAAGCAACGAUUAACGCCAAGAAACAGGGACUGAAAGAAAAGGGGAAGACUCUGAUCCAAGCUGAGAAAAAGAAGAUGAAGAGGAAUCAAUGUCCAAGGGGUAAAAGAUAUAGCCGAGUUGGAUGCAUGGCCGGAUUUGGAAUUCGAUACUGCAAGGAAAGGAAGAAGUAUUUUGUAUCAAAGUUCAUAACCAAUCACAAUCAUGAUGUUGCUGUUUCAGAAGAGGUUCAAUUCCUUCGUUCUCACCGAGGAGUGACUGACAGCGUCAUUGCCCAGGUUGAGGCUCUACAGAAAGCUUAAGUGCACAUAAGCCGGAUAUAUGAAAAUUUUGGUUCCAUGUUAGUUUUUUCUCAUUCACAGAAUCACAGUUGGGUUAUCAAUGAAAAAGUUUCCAAGUUUAGCUGCAGUAUAGCACCUAAGUUUUUGAUCAGCAAUGCUGACACUGAUAUUUUGUUACUUAGCAAUGGGACCUCUGGGGUGGAGUGGUUGUAUCCAAUGGUUUCGAACCUAACGGUUCGAACUCUUUGGGAGAGCAUUACUUUGUUUUAGUAACUUCAAUACUUGAUUUUUAUGUAUUGGUUUUAUUAUUUAAGAGGAGUGACUUCUUUAAAUGUGACCUAUUUAGACAAGCUGAGGAGAUCUCACCAAAACCCCCAAAAUGCUUUGUUUGUGAUAAAAGCCUUCAAUUCCAGAUCAUUUACAUGCACCAACAUUAUAGUAA